AUGGCAGAUAUUCUCAUUCAUUCAACAGUACCAUCUCUCUUUACCCAUACUGAAUCUGCAUCAAAUAUUUUUGCUGAUACCCCAACAGAAAACUCUCAUACUGACAAUAAAUACAAUAAUCAUAUUACGCGAUUACGUAAUGUAUUCACAGAACAUUCAUUAAUAUCAAAUAAUUUAAAUUCGAACAGCGAUCCAUCGAAUUCAUCGUUAAAAGUUGACGAUUAUACAACACGUUUUAGUAGGACAAAAGAAAUGUUUAGAAGAUUAGAAGCAAAAUCAAUAAGUAAUAAUCCACCAUUAUUUACGACAAAACCAAUGACUAAUAAUCAACAAGAACGUAUUCGUGAUAUGUCUAUACAUUUUAUUGGUACAUCAUCGAAUUCAAUUGCGAAUUAUAAUGACGAUGUUCCUUAUGCAGUUAUUAAUCGAAAAUAUUCAAAUUCAGAACAACAUAAUGAUUUUCUUGCUGAUGCUAUUGAACAAUAUAAAAAACAACAUCAACAACGGGAUGAGAAUGAUCGAACCAGUCUUUCAUCAACAUCACCAAGUAAACAAAUGAAAACUCGUGGUGUUCCAUUACUUGUACCAUCAAGUGUGCUUAAACGUAUGGAUCACCUUAAUACAAUUUUUAUUAAACCAACAAAAAUUGAACGAUCAUUACCAAAAUUAAUCUUUCAAGAUGAUGAAAUACAAGAAGAAUCGAAAUCAAUUGAAAAUACAAUAGUUAAUGGUAAAUAA